GCCGGCUGGCCAAGCAGGGUUGCGGUCCUUCAGAAGCUGGAGACCCUCCCUCGAAUCCUGCAUUGGGACUUCUAGUCUUCUCCCGCUACCUGUUGCUGGUGACAGACAAUUUGUAGCUGUCCUUAUCUGUGACUUUGAAGAAGAAUAGAAAAAGAGUAGAAGACAUCAUGUCAGAGAUAUUGGACCUCUCUUUUCUGUCUGAGGUGGAAAGGGAUUUGAUUCUCAACGUCCUGCAGCGAGAUGAGGAGCUCAGGAAAGCAGAUGAGAAAAGGAUUAGGCGACUGAAGAAUGAACUACUGGAGAUAAAAAGGAAAGGGGCCAAGAGAGGCAGUCAACACUACAGUGAUCGGACCUGUGCCCGGUGCCAGGAGGGCUUGGGCCGUUUGACUCCCAAGAGCAACACUUGCUGGGGUUGUAAUCACCUGGUAUGUCGGGAGUGCCGCAUCCAGGAAAGCAAUGGUUCCUGGAGGUGUAAGGUGUGCUCCAAGGAAAUAGAGCUGAAGAAAGCAACUGGAGACUGGUUUUAUGAUCAGAAGGUGAAUCGUUUUGCUUACCACACAGGCAGCGAGAUAAUCAGGAUGUCCCUGCGCCGCAAGCCGGCAGUGAGUAAAAGAGAGACAGUGGGACAGUCGCUCCUUCAUCAGACCCAGAUGGGAGAUGUUUGGCCAGGAAGAAAGAUCAUUCAGGAGCAACAGAAGGAGCCCAGUGUGCUAUUUGAAGUGCCAAAGCUGAGAAGUGGAAAGAGUGCACUGGAGGCUGAGAGCGAGAGUCUGGAUAGCUACACAGCUGACUCAGAUAGCACCUCCAGGAGAGACUCUCUGGAUAAAUCUGGGCUUUUUCCAGAAUGGAAAAAGAUGUCUGCCCCCAAAUCUCAAGUAGAAAAGGAAAUUCAGCCAGGGAGUCAAAAUGCAGUAUUUGUUGAUGAAAGUGAAAUGAUAUUCAAGAAGAACACUAGAAAAGUCCUUAGGCCCUCAGAAUAUACUAAAUCUGUGGUCGAUCUUCGCCCUGAAGAUAUGGGACAUGAAAGUAGCUCUUUGGGAGACAGAAGCAGAUCUGUUCCAGGCCUCAGUGUGGAUAUGGAAGAGGAAGAGGAGGAAGAAGAAGACAUUGAUCACCUGGUAAAAUUGCAUCGCCAGAAAUUAGCCAGAAGCAGCAUGCAAAGUGGCUCCUCCAUGAGUACCAUUGGCAGCAUGCUGAGCAUCUAUAGUGAAGCUGGUGAUUUUGGGAAUAUCUCUGUGACAGGCAAGAUUGCCUUUUCCCUGAAGUUUGAACAGCCAACACAAACUCUGGUUAUUCAUGUGAAGGAGUGUCACCAGCUAGCUUAUGCUGAUGAAGCUAAGAAACGUUCUAACCCGUAUGUGAAGAUGUAUCUUCACCCUGACAAGUCCCGUCAAGGUAAAAGAAAAACCAGCAUCAAACGGGAUACCAUCAAUCCACUAUAUGAUGAGAUCUUUAAGUAUGAGGUCCCAGAAUCUCUCCUGGCCCAGAGGACCUUACAGUUUUCAGUUUGGCAUCAUGGUCGUUUUGGCAGAAACACUUUCCUUGGUGAGGCAGAGGUCCAGAUGGAUUCCUGGAAGCUUGAAAAGAAACUGGAUCAUUGCCUCCCUUUACAUGGAAAGAACAGUGCCGAGUCUCUGAUUAGCUUGCCAUCACACAAAGGCGAGUUGGUGGUCUCCCUAAAAUAUAUCCCAGCCUCCAAACUCCCCACUGGAGGUGACCGGAAAAAAAGUAAAGGUGGAGAAGGAGGAGAACUGCAGGUGUGGAUCAAAGAAGCCAAGAAUCUGACAGCUGCCAAAUCAGGAGGGACUUCAGACAGCUUUGUCAAGGGAUACCUUCUUCCCAUGAGGAACAAGGCCAGUAAGCGUAAAACCCCUGUGAUGAAGAAGACCCUGAAUCCUCACUACAACCACACAUUUGUCUACAAUGCAGUGAGGCUGGAAGACCUACAGCACAUGUGCCUGGAACUAACUGUGUGGGACCGGGAGCCCUUGGCCAGCAAUGACUUCCUUGGAGGGGUCAGGCUGGGUGUUGGCACUGGGAUCAGUAAUGGGGAAGUGGUGGACUGGAUGGACUCAACUGGGGAAGAAGUGAGCCUGUGGCAGAAGAUGCGACAGUACCCAGGGUCUUGGGCAGAAGGGACUCUCCAACUCCGUUCCUCCAUGGCCAAGCAGAAGCUUGGUUCAUGAGUCCCUCACAUCCUCUGCAGGUCCAGCCCUAGCCAGGGCAAGUCAGAGAAAGUGAGGAAACCAAGAGCAAAGAUUUUUAAUUUAAUAUGUGGUGUGUGUGUGUGUGUGUGUGUGUGUGUGUGUGUGUGUGUGUGUUCAAACAUGUAUUCUUGCAAAUCUCACUUUGCUAGGUAGAGUGGUAGAGACUUGUUCUUCCUUUGAAAGCAGGUUCAAGAAUAAAGGCUUCUUCAAAAUAUUUUUAUUUGUAUAUAAUCUACUACAUUUUCAGAAUUCCUUCCUUCCUGUGUCUUUAUAAGCGUCAAUCAACUUAAAAAAAUUUUGUUUUAAACAACUUUUCUCUUUUCCUUGCUAUCCUGUUCUUACUUGUUGAGGAAGUUCCUGCAACUUUUGGCUUUAGUUCCAUCUUGUGGUUCAAGGUAUGCCUGAUCUGGGGCCAAGGCUCUGAGAAGUAGGGUUGGGUUACCACAGGUGUGGGGGAGGGGAGGCAGUUAUGAGAGGGACAUUAAGUAGGUCCUGUCCUUUGGCUCCAAUUUACACUUUUAACUCAUCUUCUACCUUGAUAAAUUUUUGGCUUUUGUUUUAUUAAGCAGUUUCCACUUUGCUUAAAUAUAAUAAUUUUCCUUGAAAUGCUAAGCAAACCCCCAGCUUCUGCCAGUAUUAGAUAUCUACUAGACCUUUGGAAAACUCUUAUAAUGGAGUCAUUUUAGAAAAUCUCUCUAGUUAGAUGAUGGCUUUCUGAAUCAUGAAUGUGCCCAGUGAGAUCUUCUACUGAUCCCAGAAGACUCAAGUGAUGGAAGUUAAAGGACCUCACAGCCCAUCCUCAAUUCUGCACAUUUUAAAUUCAUAUAGCAGUUGCUGGAAAGAGAAUUCCUUAUUUCAGUAAUGAAAGAUGAGAUACCGUCACUCUCAUGUAACACAUGCUUCUCUGUCAGGCUGUGUAGCCUCACACAAUAUGGUUACAUACCUACCUUGGUGUUGGCCAGAAGGGCCCCAGGGACUCCCUACCCUAGAAACUAUUUUUGCCUUAGGAGAAUGGGAGCAGAUAGUCUCCCAGUCUGAUAUCCUGUCUCAUAAUGGCUUCAAUUCCUAUUUUCUAUGUUUACCUACAGGCUACCUGGGAAUGAAUGGUGUGUUCAAGCUUUUCAGAAAGAUUUCUGAUGAGCCAACUUUCAUUUCCAUGCUACUCUCCCUUCCAAACUAAUCAUUUUAUCCUUACAAGGGUAUCUAUACAGAGUGGUAUGUGGAAAGGAGUCUAUCUCAGAGAAGAAAUUCUUUUCAAUACAGCCAGCUGCUAGCUGACUUUUCUACAAGCCUACUGGACUGGGGCAUCUAGUGUGGUUUCUACUGGAUGUGUGAACUGAAUGGAGGAAUGUUCUUAAAAGAUUUAUUUGCUGUAGAUUGGUACUGUAAUGGGAAGUAUUACUUGAAAUCCUGGGUUGUAAGUUGCUCUUUUUUUUUCUGCCCCCUUACGUAUAAGUGUGCUUCAAUAAAGCUUUUCUAUUUG